AUGAGACAGCCCGAGGUCCUCUCCAAAGUCGGGGAGCUGAAUCAUCCUGCUGCCUCUGCCCUGGGCAGAUUCCGUGGGGUAACUGGAGCGUCUCCCUCUCAUUUUAGCAAGGGGGUUCACCCGCAGGAGGAGCUCCAGAAACGGACAACCAGGGGCCGGCCCCGCUUUGGCCUGAAUCCCCGGCGCUGGCGGAUGGAUGUGGAUGGGCCUGGGACGGAGCUGCACGAGACGGCUCGGUGCAUUCCCGCGCUCAGCGGGACCAAAACGCGCUGGACCGGGGGACCCGGCAGGCGGCGUGUCCCGGGAAAGCUGGGGGCGGGGCCUCGGCACGCGGGGGCGGGGCCCGGCCUGGGGCGGGACCGACGCCGCCUGGCGUCUCUCCGGGUUGGCUCGGUCUGGGGGCGUGGCUCGGCCUGGGGGCGUGGCUCAGUCCGGGCCGUAGCGGGAGGUGCCGGGGCCGGGCCGGGCGGGGCCGGGAUGGCGGCGGCGGCGGCGGCUGCGGCGGCUGCGGCGGGGGGCGGGGGGGCGGCAGGCCCCGGGGCCGGGCCCGGGGGAGGCCCUGGGGCGGGCGGGCCGGGUCCAGGCACCCCGGGGCUGGAGGCUGCGCUCCAGAAGCUGGCGCUGCGGCGGAAGAAGGUGCUCAACGCCGAGGAGACGGAGCUCUACGAGCUGGCCCUGGCGGCCGGCGGAGCCAUCGACCCCGACGUGUUCAAGAUCUUGUUGGAUUUGCUGAAGCUGAACGUGGCCCCACUGGCCGUCUUCCAGAUGCUCAAGUCCAUGUGUGCGGGGCAGCGGCUGGCCAUGGACCCUCCUGGGCCCGAGAGCAUGGGAUCCACUCUGCCACCAUCCACCUUGCCUGACACGAGAGGGAGAAACAGGAGCAGUGGGGCAGCCGUACUGGGGGAGCGUGGUGGCCGAGAAGGAUCAAGCCAGCGGAUGCCCAGGCAGCCCAGUGCCAGCCGGCUGCCCAAGGGGGGCAGCGCUGGCAAGAGCCCCACUCGGAACAGUAACUGAGAGGGCACGAGGGUGCCAACUUUCACUCAGCGCUCAUACCCUGAAAUAAGCGCUUAAGAAUGGGAAUUUAGCAUAAAUAAAGACUCGUAGAGACGUCAUUUAAUAAACAGACUGGAAGACAAGGGCGACAUUCUGGGUAACAGGAAAAAUGUCCUCUUGGCUUGUCUCCUCCCGUUGAUAAUAAACCAUGUUCUGAAAUAGA